AUGGAUGAAAAGGUCUCGUAUUGCAAUGGCUGCGUGAUUGCCAUGCAGGGCAAGGACUGCGUCGCUAUUAGCACGGAUCGUCGCUUGUCUCUCUCCUCGUAUACGAUUGGCGAGGACUUUGAGAAGAUCUUCAAUUUGGCGCCGCGCUUGUACGUAGGUGUGACUGGGCUGCAGGCGGACAUAUUGACAGUGCAGGAGCGUUUGGGCUGUCGCAGAAAUGUGUAUGAGAUCAAUACGAACUCUCUUGUGACGCCCAAAAUUGUAACGGAACUUCUCUCUCACAUGCUCUACCAGCAUCGCUUCGCUCCCUUCCAUGUGGAGUCCAUUGUUGCUGGCAUGGAUCCAUAUACCCUGGAGCCCUACCUAUGCAACAUGGACCUGCUCGGCUGGUCCACUGUCUCAUCUGAUUUCGUUGUCGUGGGAACCUGUACGGAGCAAAUGAUUGGCACUUGCGAAUCCCUGUGGGAGCCGAACAUGGAUGCCGAUAGGCUCUUCGAAGCGAUUUCGCGCGCAAUGAUCUCGGCCGGCUGCCGUGAUACGAUCAGUGGCUGUGGAAUGAAAGUGUAUCUCAUUGAACAUGAUAAGGUGACGGUGCGUUUGGUCAAAACACGCAUGGAUUAG